GUCUGGGUUCUUCGGAAGGGUUGGGGACGGGUGGAUGGGAUGGGAUCCAUUCUUCCGUUUCUCGCGCAGCAGCUUCGCCUACGUCGACUUCCAAUGCCCCUCCCACAAGGCCCUGGCCAAACUCUUCUCCACCUACAAAGGGUGCAAAUGGAAAGGAGGGAAGCUUAAACUUGAGAAGGCCAAGGAGCACUACCUCGUCCGACUGAAGCGAGAAUGGGAGCAGGAAGCCGCGACGGCGGCGACAGCUGCUCAAGAAAUGCCUGCGAAAGAUGAUAUGGACAAGCAGGAGGAGAAGGAGAAGCGGAAGCUGGAGAAGCAUGCUCUGGAAACUUCAAAGGUUAACAUCUACUUCCCGAGAUUGAGGAAGCCGAAACCUUUGCCCUUUAAAGGCAGUGGAAAGCACAAAUACAGUUUCAGAAAUAUUGAAAUCCCUUCCUACCCAAUUCAUUUCUGCGAUUGUGAGGAGCACUGUGGACCUCCUGAGAAAGCCAAUGAAGAAUAUGCUGCUGUUCUUAAUCGUGUUGCGUUUCAGAAGGAGCGCAACAUCAUGAAUUAUGUGAUGAGUAAGCUCUUUGAGAAGGACACUGAGCAAAUCAAUUCGUCGGAAGUGCAGAAAGGAGAUGCUGAGACAGACCCCUCUGAUGCUGAGGCAAAACCCUGUGAUACCGAGACAGAACCCUCUGAUUUCGACAAUGAUUUGCGAAUGGAAGAAACAACAGAAAGUCCUGAAGAAGAUUUGGAUGAUCUCCAAAUGGAAGAAACAGAUGAUCCUUCUGAAGAAGAAUUGGAUGAUGACGUUGUGAUCAAUAUUGCUCCUCGUAAGGCCAAUAACUCAGUUGUCCAGUUAAACAGGGCAAACCAAGCAAUGAAUAAGGUAUGCGUAUUGCAGUUACUUGCCUGAAUAAUUUUCCUGUGAUGCACUCAUAGUGUUCUUUUUUCAGCUGUUGGUCGGAAGCCACUUCUCAUAAAAGAUACAGAAAGUAGUUUAUAAAGGCACUCCACAAUUUUCUGAAUCAUGCAUGGCAAUAUCACGUCUUUGUAUGUCUAUGUACCAAUUCACUGAUUGCAACGAUCUUUCCUACAAAAAUAAGGCCAUUUUAAAGCAUUGUAUUUCAUUUUACAGAUUGCAUAGCUUCUUCAUGAUGAUUUUAACAUCUGUAAUUUUAUUCACAUUCCACAGAUGCAGAAUAAUCAUUAGGCUUUUCAUCCCGGGGGAAUCAGGGAAGUGCUCCCUAUGACGCUGCAAGUUGUUAUCAUUUCAUUUACCUCUUUUGGAGAAAAAAAAACAAGAGGCACCUUGACUAGGCUUCAAGGAUUCCUACGAUAGUGUAGUAAUGAAUCGUAUGUAUAUUCCCUUGUGACAUGCACAAAUAUUUGACUAGCAUGUAACUAUUUGUACAACCCCUUGAUGUGUGUGAAAAAUGCGGUAGAAUCUGUCACAAUGAGUUGAUGGCUUGAUUUCAUCUCUUACAGAAGACAAAAGAAACAUCCUGACUGUUUGAAUGUUAUAUGCAUUCUCUUAGGUACGGGUUGCUCGGCCGCCCUGAGGAGGAAUGAGGAGACAUGCCAGCAGACACGAGGACGUACAAGCAGCGGCCAACGACAACUUCGGGUGGCGCCGCCCUGGGUUCAUCUUCGACGACGUAAUGAAGGGGUUGCGGCCAGGCAGUAGGUACUUCUAGAAGGUAGUGAUAUGAUGAACUCUGGGUACUCAAACUAAUUUUGUGCUAACAUUGUGAUAUGAGAGUUUGAUUUUCUGAUAAACAGAGAUAUGAUUUCAAUUCGAACACAGUUUUACAUUUGUGCUUUUAAAAAACUGAUGAAACUGUAAGAUGGUUUUACUAUUGUACUGAGCAAAAAUUGUUAUUUUACCGAAAUAGACUUUUUACAUGGAAAAUGAUUUGUUUAAAUAGACAUGUGAUCAGAAUAUGCUUUGUUUAUGUAUAUUCUGCAACUCUGCAUUUAGAUUUAGGGUUACUUGGUUAAUAUUUUUGAAAGAAAAAUGUCACUCUAAGAGUAUAUUAUCCAGAACUUCAUAUGAGCGUGUUGUCGUGUAGGCGGGAAGGCAUGAAUUCAACGGCGAAAACUUCUAUCAGGAUGGGGUCCCUCUAGGCGGGAAGGCAUGGACCCAACAACAAGGACAUCGAUUAUGAUGGAUUCAACCAGACUGCUCGAUUACUGAAUGACAUAAUAUGGUUAUGAUGUGGGUUCAUGGA